AUGUCAGGUAAAAACUUCCAGGGACUGAAGGAACAGGCUGAAGGUGCAGCAAAAGAUGCUGCAAACACAUUGGGACAGGCUACUCAGGAUGCAGUCAACCAAAUUACAGAUGCAAGCCAGAAAGCUAUUGACAAGACUUCCAAGGCGGUGCAAGAUGGGGUAGAAAAAGCAACCGGACAAGCUGCAGAAGCAGUGUCUAGCCUCGGGAAAAAAUGUGGAUUUAAGAAAUGA